CAGACCAAUUUUGCGUUUCCUAAAAAAAAAGACAGGUAAAGCCCCUGCUAAACCCUUAGCAGCCGUUUCUAUCGAUCAACCUGCUCUUGCUUCACUUCCCCCCCGGCAAGAUUCCUUUUGGAUUUCUCUCCAUAGUUUAUUGCUUACAUAAACCCUCAUCGUAACCUAAUCGCAAAGGCACACACAUAAUGACGAAUUACGCAACAUCACUCAUGUCCAGUUUCCGACGUAUCCCUCCGUCUGCCAUACCAGCUACGUUAGAUUGCAUCUUAGCGUCAACAACCUCCUCUCCACCAUUGCUUUUCUCGUUGCUCCUUGAUGCACUUCCCAUCCUCUUACAGGAGAUUACACAUGAGAAUGAAGAAAUCUUGGAUGAUGAGUGUUGUAAUUAUAUUGCAUCAUAUGUGGGUGCGCUCUGUCACCUUUUGAAGAAACCAGGAGCAGGGCUUAAUAAUGUUGAAGGUUUACGGAAUUUUGUUUGGAGGGUGUUAGUUCCGUUGAUGAGGUUGACACAGAGUUAUAAUCGUGCGAUAGUUGACAAGGUCAUGGGUUGUUUGUUGGAUGCCGUGAAAGAAAGAAAUGCAUGGGGGGUAUUAGAAGAAACUAUGGUUGCGUAUCUUAUCAAAGUGAUUGGUUUCAGCAUGGGAAUGCAUGAAAAUGAAGAAUAUAGGUGGACUGCUCAAGACUCCACCCUGACCAGCUUCCCAUUGUUGACGGCAUGCCAUAUGUUGGCAUCUACUUUAGGUGUAAAAGGUAAAUCAGUUUCAGAAAGUAGGUCUGGAUCAGGAUCAGUUUUGGCAAAUGGAUGCAGUGUGGGAAACCUGGUUUGGGAUAUUUGUAGCAUGACUUUGCAAAUGCUUUCACACACCCCUGAACAUCGGUCUUGUGCCAUCACUGUUUUCCUUCCACACAUUUUCAAAGCAUUUGUAUCUGCAAAUGUGUUUCAGACCCCAAAAUUUGUGUUAUCCAGGAAGGAUUUCUGUGCUAAGAUUUGGAAAUGCUGCAAGAAUUUGUUUCAGCUGGGGUCUUCUGAGAGAAGAGAUGCAUAUACUGUACUCUCUUUGUAUAUAUCUUAUUUCUCCAAGACCGAUGGAUGUGAGGAUAAUGGAACAUUUGAUUUUGAUCUGAGGGCCCAGAAGGAGUUCUGGGACGAGAUGAAGAAUGGCUUGGUUGACAAAGAAAGCAUAGUGAGGAAACAGUCAUUACAUAUAUUGAAGAGUACAGCUACAAGGAGUAAAGGAAAGCAACACACAAGUGUUUUGGAGACAAUAUCCAAUGAGACUAGUUCAAACUCUCAUGGUUUGACAAAAAAAGAGCGUUGGGCUAAUAAGGAAGCGAAAUCUCUUGGUAUAGAGAGCUUAUGCAAUAAUUCAGUUGAUUCUGAUUCAAGCAGUGAGUUGAAAUGGGGUGCAUUUUUCUUGCUCUAUGAAAUGCUUGAAGAGUAUGGUACUCAUCUUGUUGAGGCUGCAUGGAAUUACCAGAUGAACCUGUUGCUCCAGACCUCUGAAUCUUGUGAUAAUCAUUUGAAGGCUGUUGGUGAAAGGCUUCAACUUGAUCCUAUGGAAACAGUACAAGAUAUGUUUGAUUGGUUAGCUGUGCUGUGGGAACGAGGGCUUUGCCAUGAUAAUCCUCAAGUCCGGUGUUUGGUCAUGCAGUCGGUUUUUGGGAUAGAAUGGAAGAAGCAUGGAAAUUAUGCGAAAUUUGUGCCUAGAGAUUUUGUACUUGGUUCUUUCAUACAAGGGCUGAAUGAUCCUGUGCACCACAAAGAAUUCGGACUAAAAGGAGUCUACUCUUCAAGGACAAUUGAUGGUGCUGGCACAUUUUUACAGCAAUAUACUGUGUGUCUAAGUGAAGGGGAGCAGAUGAGAUUGUUGAUGGAUGUAGCAUUACUUGUAAAAAACCAGUCUUUUAGUCGGGCGGGAUUGAUGAGCCUUGCUGAAUGUGUUGCGGCUGCUGCUGAUGGGGUUGGGGUUAGGCGACUCAACAAGAAAGCAGUUGAUUUGGAAUUGGAAGCUGCAGAUACAGAUACUAGUUACAAUGAUAAGGCAGCAUUACUUGAUGUUUUCAGAUUUAUCCUUGACACCAGCAAACAACAUUUCAAUCCUAAUUAUCGUCUUAAAGUGUGCAGAAAGAUUCUGGAUGCUACUAUCUCAGUAAUGUCAUCAUCUGAUGUGCCUCUCGAGACCCUUCUUCACUUUAUUUCAUCUUUCCCUCAGGACUUUCUUAACUAUGGAGGUUCAUUAAGAGAAAAAGGGCAGGAAUGGCUUCGAGGUUAUAAAAAGCAAGCUUCUACAUCAUUCAAGCUCAUGAAAAAGCUUAAUGAAUUCCCUGCAAGUUUUAUAAAUCAUAAUCACUCAAAGAAUGAUAUUGUCAAUUAUGACGAUGAAGACAUGGAAAUGUGGGAGCUUAAAGCAAAAAGAUGGGCACACACACUGUUUCUUAUACUAGAGGAGGAACAUCAGUUAGAUUCUCUAUUUCAGUUUAUUGAAUCACAUGGCAAUGAUAUCUGCAAUAAGAAUGGUCACUGGGAGUGGUUGCCAGUAAAAUAUAUGAUUCUAAUCUUGAGUGUUAUUCAACAACUCCAUGAAAAGAAAACCUUAACACUUGAUAGGCAUGGAAAAAGAAGCAAUGGUUUGCUUGAUAUGGUGGAUGAUGCAGGGUCUAUGGAUGCUUCCAUGAUUAUUAACAAGUUCACUAAACUCUUCACCUUCAUAUUGAAGGAGCUGGAAUCAUAUACCCUGCAGUCGUGUUUAGUUUUCUGGUCAAAGGAGGAGGAGGGUGAGGGUGGGGACACAACUCUACCUUCAUCCAUUAAAGGAAGGCUAGGAGGGCUUAGUCAACGGCGCUUGUCAUCUUCUAACACUACUGCUGUAUUGCAAGCUAUAACGUCAGUUAAGACUCUUGCAUCAAUCUGCUCAUAUUGUGCACAAUUUGAAGAAGAGUCUUUGAAUUCUACGUUGAGUGUUCUCUGGCAACUCUCUUGGAAGAUAAUUUCUUGCUCAACAUGCAACUCAGAGAGUAAAGCAGAAAUCUACCUCGGAGCAUAUGAAGCGUUGCAUCAUAUUCUCAAGUCACUAGUGUUUAUGCCUUCCCCUUCAGCAUUGGGUCUAUUAACCCGAUCAUAUAAUCUUUUGGAUCCGGAAGCUCAAGUCAAAGUCAAACCCCAUAUAGAUUACUUUGUUGAGAUAUAUCUGGAGAACAUCAAUAAUCUCAUUGAGGCUGGAUAUUUGGCACGGGCACGAAGAGCAAUAUUAAUUGACUGGAAGUGGAUGUGCUUGGAAUCCCUGUUGUCAGUAUCAAAGCAUGCUCUUGAAAGAGGAGUUUUCAUAGAAAAUUGUGAUUACUUCAUCUCAGAUGGUGUAGUCAGAAGGAUCUUCAAUGAUCUAGUUGACAGCCUUGAAAAUGCUAGUGAAGGUUCUGUUCUGCCCAUGCUAAGAUCUGCCAGAUUGGUACUGGAUCAUUUUGCUUUAGGAGGAGGAGGAGGAGGAUGCAAAGGUUCAGCUGUUUCUUCAUACUAUGUUGAUGCCAUUGAUGUUCAGAUGAUGUGGCUUUUGGUACGAUCUUCGUGGUUAUUGCAUGUCAGUUGUAACAAGCGAAGGGUUGCACCUAUUGCUGCACUUUUAUCUUCCGUUUUACAUGAUUCAGUGUUUGGUAAUAUGGACAUGCAUGAAUUUGACAACACCCCCGGGCCUUUGAAGUGGUUUGUUGAGAAAAUUCUUGAAGAAGGAACAAGAAGUCCGCGUACUAUCCGUCUUGCAGCAUUACAUUUAACAGGGCUUUGGCUCUCACAUCCAACGGCCAUAAAGUACUACAUGAAGGAGUUGAAGCUCUUAACUCUCUACGGUUCUGUGGCAUUCGAUGAGGAUUUUGAAGCUGAAGUGACUGAAAAUCAUGAUGCAAAGACUGAAGUAUCAAUUUUGUCGCCAAGUUGCGAUCCGGAGUUAACUGAGGUAUUCUUGAACACGGAGCUUUAUGCAAGGGUGUCUGUUGCUGUUAUGUUCAACAAGCUAGCAGACUUGGCGGAUACGGUGGGCUCAAAUGAUGAAAAUGAAAGCAGCCAUGCUUCCCUGCAAUCUGGCAAACUGUUUUUGCUUGAGUUCUUAAAUUCUGUGGUGAGUGACACCGACCUUGCCAAGGAGUUAUAUAAGAAGUACAGUGCGACUCAUAGGCGGAAAGUUCGUGCCUGGCAAAUGAUCUGUAUAUUAUCGCGAUUUGUUGAUGAAGAAAUAGUAUCUCAAGUAAUGGAUUGCUUGCAUACGGCCCUUUAUAGAAACAACAUGCCUGGUGUUCGACAGUACUUGGAAACAUUUGCGAUCUAUGUAUAUUUGAAGUUUCCAUCACUGGUUGGUGAGCAGUUAGUCCCAAUGGUCCGGAAAUACGAUAUGAGAACCCAGGCUCUGUCAUCAUAUGUAUUCAUAGCAGCAAAUGUGAUUCUUCAUGCUCCUCAAUCAACUAGACAUUUAGAUGAAUUGCUUCCUCCCAUUGUUCCUCUGCUCACGUCACAUCACCACAGUUUACGUGGUUUUACCCAGUUAUUAGUAUACCAAGUUCUUUCCAAAUUGUUGCCUGCGGCUGCACUUGAUGAUGAAAUGCCCGCCUUGGAGAAAAGGUGCUUCAUGGAAUUAAAAUCUUAUUUGAAGGAUAACUCUGACUGUGCACGGUUGAGAGUAUCGAUGGAAGUUCAUCUUGAUGCUUUUGAUCCAAACAAAUCCAUAAUGCCAGCUGGAAUUUUCAGUAAUCGAGUGGACGACAUCCAAUUUGAAUGUGCUCAUGUAUCCCUCUUAGAGCGCGUCAUCGACUUUCUAAAUGAUGUCAGAAAAGACCUCAGAUGUUCAAUGGCUAAGGAUGCAACACAACUGAAAAAUGAGCAAAUACAUGUGCAAGAUUCUGAGUCAAUUGGUCAAGUCAUAACUUCAAAAUUGCAGAAUGAUGUGUCAUUGGAUUUCCAGAAAAAAGUUACUGUCUCCAAACAUGAGUUCCAGGAUUCGCAUUCCACCUCUAUAAACAGAAACGCCACUUUUAAUUCGCUUUUGGAUGUGGAAAAGGAGGAUGAGCUUGUUGAUGAGGCAGUAAGAGCAAGACAUGUUGGUAUGGAUAAACUUAAAGCUGGAAGACAACAAAUCAUUCUUGUAGCUUCUCUACUUGAUCGUGUGCCUAACCUUGCUGGAUUGGCACGCACCUGUGAGGUUUUUAAAGCAGCGAGUUUAGUGAUUGAUAAUGCAAACAUUGUGCAUGACAAGCAGUUUCAACUUAUCAGUGUGACUGCAGAGAAGUGGGUUCCCAUAAUAGAGGUACCUGUUAGCAAUGUUAAGGGUUUCUUGGAGAAGAAGAAAGGAGAGGGCUUCUCUAUCCUCGGUUUAGAGCAAACCGCCAACAGCCUUUCUCUUGACCAAUAUCUCUUCCCUACAAAAACGGUUUUAGUACUUGGUCGAGAAAAGGAGGGGAUCCCGGUGGAAUUGAUUCAUAUACUGGAUGGCUGCAUUGAAAUCCCUCAAUCAGGAGUUAUAAGAUCACUCAAUGUUCAUGUCAGCGGCGCCAUUGCUCUCUGGGAGUAUACCAGACAGCAAAGAACAUCAUCCAUCCCUCAUACAUAGAUGCAUACAUUUUCUGUAAUUUUAUUAUUCUUAUUUAUUAUUUAUAAACAAAACGGAAAAGACAAUUUUCCAAACUUUCUUGUCAUAUCAUCUUUUCAUUUCAGGCUCUCUACUCUUAUUGUUUAUCAAACACUGCAUUUCUUUUUCUGUUUCUUAUACCAUCAUGUAUUCUUUGUUGACGUGGCGAUUGUUGAUAUGGGAU